AUGGUGAAAUUGUUCGUAGGUGGUUUGCCAGAUGGCGUUGAUUCAAUGCGACUUCGGCAACUUUUUUCUCAAUUCGUUGUAGUUAACGAAUGUGAUGUGAUCAAGGAUUACGCCUUUGUUCAUGUGCCGGAGGAGUCCGAUGCUCGAACAGCCAUUGAGAAAUUGGACGGCUAUAUCCUGGAAGGGAAGGCGAUUAAUAUACGAAGGUCAACGUCGAAGUUACGGAAAGAACCGGGCAUGGAUAAGCGUUGUUACCGAUGUGGAGCAGUUGACCACAAAACUCCACAAUGUCCAAGUGAUCCUGCAAAUAUUAAUUUGAAACGUGCAGCUAAUGCAGGCUGUAUAGGCGGCCCAGAACAGAAACGUUUUAUUGGGGACGGAGUCGUCGCCGGAGAAUCUUCGUCUUAUGCACCAGGGCAUGACUCUAGUGCACCCGGUGCAUUUCCAUAUGCUGCAGGUACGGGUGCUCCUGGAGCAUGGAUUGAUCCAGACCCUGAAUUACCUCGACCUUUGGAGAGUGAUCUAUUUCCAUUAUACGAGCAGUACAUCGAGUCGCGAACAAAAUAUUUCUAUUUUCGAGAUCGAUUGACGAAGGAAGUGAAAGCUCGAGCUCAUGCAUUACCAUCAAUAUCAGUUGCACCGCUCCAAGCUCCAUAUGCUACUAACAAUGCUUACAGCACUCCCCCGCCAACGGCUCUACAGUAUACCGUGCAACAGAAUUCAUCUCUAGGAUCAGCUUCAGCAGCAGCAGUAACUUAUCCUUCGACAACGGGAGCAUCACAUUUUUAUGCUAAUGUAGUGAAUACAAGUGCCACAGGAGCAGCUUAUCCUACUGCACAACCUCUUCCUCAGCCAACUCGUUUGUACUAA